AUGCAUACAACGGACAAGUCUCGUCAGCUUCGCUCUCUCAUCCGUCUACUGACUGACGCCGCUGAGGUUGUCAUUAGAGAAUGGGAUGCCCCGAAGGUUGCGCCACUCAACAUUGGAUCUCAGCUUCCCUCACAGGACAUGUUUGAAGCACGUCGUAUCAUACUUGGAGCUUGUGGGAUGUGUGCGGACCUAGUGCAGGAUCCCCUCAGUCGUCUGUCAGAAAUCACUUGUGGCUAUAUCCCGGCUCGCGCUUUGCAUAUUGCAGCACAAGCAUGCUUAUUUGAUCUGUUGGCUAGUGCAGAUCCAGUUGAGGGUAUUUCCAUUCACGAGAUCAGCUGCAGGACAGGUAUCAAUGAAUCUAAGCUAGUACGCAUCCUCCGCUGCCUGUGUUCUAUUCAUGUCUUUGCCGAGGUCAAGUUGAACCACUUCACCAAUACCCCCACUAGUGCCGCGGUAGUAGGAAAUGAGCCAUUUAGGUCCUGGAUUCUAAUUGGUGGAGCCGAAACUUUUGCUGCAUCGUACAAAUUGCCUGCCAUCAUAAUGGACCCUGUAAAAACUCAUUCACUGUCUCAUCGCGAAAGUGCACUCCAAGAGGUUCUUGAUACAAAAUUGACGCUAUGGGAAUACCUGGAGACAGGUGUCUCGCAGGAGGAUGGCACUAUUGGACCUCGGCCGGAACUGCGAACAUGGUCUCUUGCGAUGAUUGGAGGUGCACAAAUGAACGGGCCGCCUUUAUUGUGUGACUUUCCUUGGGAAAAACAUAAUGGAUGUACAAUUGUAGAUGUUGGAGCCGGUGUUGGAUCUAUGUCGUUGGAACUUGCAAAGAUUAUGCCAAUCACGCGAUUUCAUGUACAGGAUCGUGGUGCUGUUAUCCAGGACGCUCGUGCCAUCUGGAUGCGCGAACUUCCAGAAGCUAUAGGAAGUAACCGAGUAAACCUAAUGGCACACGACUUUUUUACAGAGCAGCCCAUCAAGGGAGCCGAUAUAUAUCUUUUACGCUACAUUUUGCAUGACUGGCCGGACAAAGACUGUAUCACGAUACUCAAGUUGCUUCGGGAUGCGAUGGCUCGCAAUUCGUGCCUUCUUGUUGCCGAUUACCUGUUAAACACAACCAUCGGAUCCUCACGGUUGAAAUCAGCCCCGCAUCCUCUCCCUGCAAAUUACGGAGUCGCUCAAAUUUUUUCCAACAUGCAUGAUCUCUCAAUGAUGUCUCUAUUCAAUGGCAUGGAGCGAUCGCCUAAUGAACUAGAAGACUUGGGUCGACAGGCUGGCUUGGAAGUAGUUAGAAUAUGGGAGUGUCGGGGAUACAUGUCGAUUGUUGAAUUCAGAAGGGAUCUUGAUUAA